AAUGAAAACCCUAGGUAAGAAUUGGUGAAAGAAAAAAUGUGGAGAGACAAAAUAAAUCAAAGCUCAUAGAGAGCAAAUCCAAAUCCCAUUUUCAGCUCAAGAAGUAGAAAUUUUGAUCAUAAAUAUCAAACAAACAAAUCCCACAAAGCAAAAGGAAUCAAAAUUCAGGAUGACGCAUCUUCUUCUGCAGCAAAUUCAUCCCCAAUUCUACUUUUCGCCAUUGAAAUUCUUACAAUCUUCACCAUUUCCCUCUCAAUUUCAAGCUUCCCGCCCAUGCGUUUACUCCCCAACUUCUGUCACCCUUCUUCCUCCACCUCCGGUGAUGAGAGGCGCAACCAUACGGUGUAUGGCCAAUUCACGUAGGAUUAAAAUGGUGGCUAAGCAGAUUCAAAGGGAGCUUUCCGAUAUGCUUCUUACUGAUAAGGUGUUGCAGUUCGCCAUUCUUCCUGAGGCCUCUUUGGGAGCUGAUAAGUAUCUCUCGUCUCUCACUACCAUUACUGAUGUUGAAGUCUCUGCCGACUUGCAGGUGGUUAAAGUAUACGUAUCAGUCUUUGGUGAUGAAAGAGGAAAGGAUGUUGCUAUCGCUGGGUUGAAGUCUAAAGCAAAGUAUGUUCGAAGUGUAUUGGGAAAACGCAUGAAGCUUCGACUAACUCCUGAGAUUCGCUUUAUAGAAGAUGAAUCUUUUGAGAGAGGAAGCAGGGUAAUUGCCAUAUUGGAUCGAAUCAAGGACAAAAAGAAGGAUACCGUUGAUGAAGACUUCGACCAACCUGAACUAUCUGAUGCUCUUGAUGACGACAGGGAUUGGAAAGGUGACGAUGCUGAUGAAGACAUAAUAUAUGUACAAUAGGUUAUUCCAUUUCUUGUCCAACAUAUGCUCAUCUAUCAUGAGGCAUCGGUUUGCUCUCACAGAGCCAGAAGUCAAUGUAAAGAUGCUUCAACCACCAAGAAGUCAGAAUGUUCUUCAAAGAUUCUCCACCAAACCAUUCAAAAUUCUAUCAUCCUUAAAGAUGGUAGAUAGAAAUGGCUUGUUUUCUCUUCUGAUUCAAUUGUUCGUAGUUACCUAAAUAGUGAUGAUGAUAAUCAUUUUCAUAUGCUAACUUCUACUGGAAUCGAAUUAAAAUAUUGAUGUCAAGAAGAAAAGUCAUUUCGUAUUAUUAUUUAUCAUGAUUUGACUUUA